UUCUUAGGUCCACUUGAGAGGUGUGGCGCGAUUGCCAACCAUAGGUCGAGAGUUCUUGAAAAGUAAACGUGCUGUCUGCACUAGUGUCUCGGUCACUGAUCCGUAACUGCAGUUCUUGAGUCGUUCACUAAGGAUCAUUCGCCAGAAUAUCAGGACACACCACGGGCGUUCUGGCAGUCUCAUCUUAUUCCUGUAUAUAAUAACACACAUCUGUCUGUCCUUCGUGGUGGUUUUUCAGAAGAAUUUGCAUGUUUACUCACAACUACCCCAUCAUAGAAUAUUUACGAAUUGCUCUCGAGGUAGUGCAGCUUCCUAAGCGGCAUAUCGCCGCAAUACUGUUUACAGGGGUUUCAUCGAUCUUCAAUGGGCAUGUAGACGCUCGUCUGUUUGUUGUGUGACAUUAAAAUUGUAACGGAGUUUUAGAAAACCCGUCUGUCGCAGGAAUACAGUUUAGAAGCCGUAUUCGAGGCCUUCACGGAAUUUGUACCGGACAUAGGUGGUGCAGUUGUCGGUGCGUAGGCCGUUAGGUUUCUAGUGAGUGUUUACCAGUGGCGAUGAGAUAAUUGCUGAAUUUUAGUUCUAUGAGAGCCGAAUCGAUGCAGCGAUUCGUGCAGUGUGGAACUCUCGUGAGAUGGAGGAGGGUGAGCACCAUAGUCGUCUGCAGACGGCAACAUGCAGGCCUUUCGGGCCUCCCUACACGUCCACCGCCUGCCACUCCUGCUCCGCCCUUCUUCAAUCCCGGAAGGGCAGCGUGCUCGAAGAUCGAUGGUAGAGCCGUUGCGCAAGACAUCAAGGAGAUAAUAGCUAGGCGGGUGAUGCUGCUGCGUGAGCAAGUGGGGACAAUUCCAGGGCUAGCAGUAAUCCAAGUGGGCCACCACAAGGUUUCUGAUCUCUACGCUCGCAGCAAGCAAUUGGCCUGUGAAGAGGUGGGUAUCGCCAGUUUCUUAGCUUAUCUCCCUGCCACAGCUUCUGAAGGUGAAGUUCUGGAACUUGUGAGUGCGCUCAACGCCGACAAGCGCGUCCAUGGCAUCCUUGUGCAGCUUCCCAUGCCUCCUCACAUUCAGCUGGACAGAGUGCUCAGAGCUGUGAGUUUAGAUAAGGACGUGGAUGGGUUGCAUCCCAUCAAUUUGGGGAGAUUGGUACUCCGAGGUCUGCAUCCCACCUUCAUCCCCUGCACUCCUUUAGGAAUCAUGGAGAUUCUACGCCGUUCAGGGGUGCAAAUCGAAAAGAAACACGCCGUUGUCAUCGGUUGUAGUAACGUUGUGGGUCUCCCAACUGCGUUGCUACUUCAGAGGCAAAAUGCAACAGUGACCGUAGUGCAUGAACAUACACCCAAUCCAGCAGAAGCUACCAGAAAGGCAGAUAUUGUUGUGUCAGCUACCGGUGUGGCACAGCUUGUGCGAGGGCACUGGCUGAAGAAGGGUGCAGUAGUGCUGGAUGUUGGCACCAGUGCUGUGGAGGAUGCUGCUGCAGAUGGUGGUUACCGACUCAUUGGGGACGUAUGCUUUGAAGAAGCUGAGAUUGUGGCUUCAGCAAUUACGCCAGUACCAGGAGGCGUUGGCCCCGUCACAGUUGCCAUGGUUCUUUCCAACACCCUUCAGUCCGCCCUACGCUUCUUUGGCGUUGUUAUAGAUAACAGUGAUAAUAGUUUCACUACGGACAGCCACCUUAUUUUGAGAUAGCAUUGGGUUAGAAAUAAUCCUUUCCUUUGAGCCACUCUCUUUUUAGACUUUUGGUGUUGUCUAUUAUCUUGCAGAGAUUUGUUUUUAGCACAGUGCAGGGUUCACAUGCUCCUAUUUCAAAGAGCCAAUUAGGUAGUUCAUUGAUACAAUUGAUUUUUUCAACUGUUACUACGAAUACCUCUCAUGGAAGCGUCUCAAGAACAGGAUUACUGUAAAAGUACAAAAUCUCAAAUCCUUUGAAUUUCCUGAAUAGAACUGAAAAAGGCAUACGAUGUGGAGCAGAAUUUAGUGAUUUGCAACCACGCAAUCUAGACGUCUUGAUAGCAUCAGUGCUACUAACGUGUUGAAUUUUCAACCCGCGUGGAGUAUGAAACUGGGGAUUUCGAGCUACAGCUGCAAUUACCUCCUUGAGGAUAGGCAAUGGAUUGGUCAUGCCCUAAAACAUUUUUCA